AUGUUUAGAAAAUUGGCAGAAGUGAAACAAGAUCAAAAACAAAAUUCUCAACUUAAACGUGAUGAAAAUGGUCGUUUCAAUGACAAAGAUCUUGACAAGGCACUCAUUGAUGGUUGUAAUCAUGUUGCUGGUGCUUUUGGUGCUCAGAAUACUUCAGCUGUUUUACGCAAUAUUGAAAUAAGUGGUAUCUUACAUGCAAGAAAAAUGGGUCUCUGUACAUUAAACGAGUAUCGAAGUUUUUUAAACCUGAAAAAAUAUCAAUCAUUCGAAUAA